ACUCAGUUUUAGAUCUGUCUAUUUAGUUGACUUCAAAAAGUUUCAAUUUUUAUGUGUUCUUUUAAAAUUUUGAAUAAUAUUUGGGUCAUAAUCUUAUUAAGAACUUUGUUAUCACUACUCUUUUUUUUGUAGUUUGUUGUUGGGGUUCAUGGGUUUUAGUGCAUUGUGGUAACUAAGUUUAGAUGCGGAGUUAAGAUUUUGAGUUUAUGUGUUUCGGAUUCUAAAAAAUGCGGUUUAUUGGGUUCUUGAUGUAUGAUUUAUGUGUAUUAAGUGAAUUUUUUAAAGUCAAAUACUAGUUUUGAGCUAAAGCUACUGAAUUCGAUUGAACCGUAGACCUGUCUAUCUCAGUUUAGAUCUGUCUAUUCAUUUGACUAUGAAAAGUUUCAAUUUUUAUGUGUUUUUUUUUCUUAUUUGGGGUAUGGGGUUUUAUAUGCUCAUAAUCUCAUUAAGAACUUUGUUAUCGUUAAUGUUGUUCAUUGAUUACUGAGUUAUUCAUUGAGAUUCAAGUUUAGUGCAUUGUGGUCACUUAGUUUAGAUGUUGAUUUUAUAAAGUUUCAUUUUUUCUUUGUUUUUUUUUUCCAACUUUGGGGUCUAUAAUCUUGAAUUUGAUUUGGUGUAUACGUCGUGGCGUUAUGUAUAGUUGACAACCUACUGUCAGCGAUUGUGGUCUAGUGGUAAGUAUUACUAUAUCCUUAACUAGAGGUCUAGGUAUUGAGUCGCUUUUGUAGGGACUUUUCGAUGUGAAUCCAGAAAAAUCGAACCCCAAAAGUAGGUACCAAACAUCGGUGGCAAACAAAUGAAAGAAAGUUGAUAACUUUGGGGUCCUCCUGUAAUCUUGAAUUUGAUUUGGUGUAUACGUCGUGGCGUUAUCUAUAGUUGACAACCUACUGUAGAAGAUUGUGAUCUAGUGGUAAGUAUUACUAUAUCCUUGACUAGAGAUCUAGGUAUUGAGUAGCUUUUGUAGGGACUUUUCGAUGUGAGUCCAGAUAAAUCGGACCCCAAAAGCAGGUACAAACAUCGGUGGCAAACAAAUGAAAGAAAGUUGAUAACCUUUUAUACAUAUUCGAUUUGUUAUCUAUUGAUUUGCUCUAGUUAAUAUGUGCUAGCAAUGUUUGAAAACACGAGUAUAUUUCUCGUGUGCUAAUGAGUUUGAAGUUGUGUGGUUUAAUGGUUUCUAGGUCACAACAAAGUUGAUUAAUUUCUUGUGAUUCGACUUGCUGUGUACUAUAUAGUUCAUCUACUAUCUCGUUCUGAUUCUGCGUUUAAUUUGGUUAUCGUGUUGGAUCUUUUUCUGUUUGGGCAGCAUAUCAUAUAUCUGAACUGUAAAUAUAAGUAAAGUAGUGUGUUAUGCGUAGUCAAUAAUCCAUCUUGCCUCUCCCUUUCGACUGUCAUUUUGAGAAAUUGCGAUGAACAUUUUAGUAGAACUCGGAGGACAGUGAAGGUUAUGUUUUGAUAUCAUGUUUCCAGAUUACUAUUAUGUCGAAGUUGUAUGUUGAAUCUGCUCUCCAAUGACUAUCUGUUGAAAGUUGUUACGUUUGUUGUUCUGAUUCUACUGCCAGGUGCGUGCUGGAUUCUCCAAAACUAGUGCUUUUUUGGAGGAUCCGACACAGGGUCUAACUAAAUACUAUCUGGUAGAUCAAUCCGAGAAAAUUUGAAAAAUCAUGGCUCAAAUGUUAGAAGCCACUAAAGUCGGUGGAGGUUCGAUCAAAGUGGGAACUACAGGUAAAGUUAGUGCAUUGAUGUCAAGAGAAUUACAUUCCAAGAAACCGUCUUCUCAGGCACCAACAUCAUCUAGGAAUAAAGCUCCUACUGUUUGUGGUUUCAUUGCUGGUAGCGCGACUAGUCCAAAGAGAAUGAAGACUAGAACACCAAGUGAUGAAGCAAGCAGCAGCGGAACAACAUCUAAGCAUAAUACUAAAAGCCCCGAAUCAUUAAGGAAGACAAAGCACAACAACAGAAAAACACAUCAAAUUCCAAUACUAGAAUCAGAAAACAUUUCAGUAGAUGGAACUCCUAUUAGCAAGAAACCUGACAGAAAGGGACCUUACAUGGUGGAAAUCGUUGAUGUAAAAUGCAAAAGUAUGGACAGAACUUGGGCUACCCCUAUAAAAAAUAGCCUAAAGAAGCUCCGUUUCACAAAGCUAUCUGACAGCUCGGUGUAACUGCUAUGUUGCUCGGACUCUCCAAAAAUACACUACUUUUGAAGAUUCUGACAUGCAUCCAGCUACAAUUUUGAAGAUUCGGAGCAACAUAGGAUCUAAAGUACACGACAAGCUUCAAAAGUCAGCCUUUUAGAUUCCUGUAAGUGAAUCUUGAUAUAGCAGCUGGUGGAUUACAUUCUGCAACUUCUACCAUUGAACACAUACUAGGCAUUAUCAGCUUACUAGUCCUUUUCUUUUUGGGAUUCGCGAUCAACGAUCCAAGCCUUGGUCUGCUAGUAGAAGCCACAUCUGAAACUUGACGUGACUUGUGAUUUAUGUUACUCAGACUCUUCAAAAACGUUGACUGGUGUUGUGUGUCAGAUCCUUCAAAAGUAGUAGGCAACGUUUUUAGAGAGUUCAAGCAACAUCUGUGCUGGUUUAGUUGUAGCUUAUUGAAGUACUCUAUUUCUCGUAACACGAGGGAUCCAACGGUUCCUCUGCUGCCUAUCUCAACAAGAGGAUUAUUUGCAGCAACUGUAAAGCCUAAGCCAUUAGUUUUAUACUCAAAUCUUUGCAUUAUAUGAGGGAAAAUUGUGGUAUGAAGUUGAAAAAAAGUGUGUUUGAUAUGUGAA